AGAACUGGCUAACUCUCAGGAAAUUCUGGAGGAGAGUGGUUCUAGUAAUCAAAGGGUGGUUCGGGCCCUGUAUGAAGCCUUGAGCUCCCGAGACGUGGACAAGGUUCACAGCCUUCUCUCGCCGGAUCUAGAUUGGUGGUUCCAUGGUCCGCCGUCACACCAGUUCUUGAUGCGAUUGCUCACCGGUGUUUCAUCACCAGACGACGUCGUUUUCCAAUUCCAGCCCCAAUCCUUCGCCUCAUUCGGACCCACCGUCCUUGUCGAAGGCUGCGAUUCAGAUCUGUCAAUAGCUUGGGUUCACGCUUGGACCGUGACGGAUGGGAUAAUUACCCAGGUUAGGGAGUACUUCAACACUUCCCUUACCGUCACCCGCCUCGGCGAUUCUUCCUCCUCUUACGGCAAAUACUCGCCGCUAGGAUUCGCUUCGUCGUCUUCCUCAUCAACGUCCGAGAUUGCUUCGUACCACUGCCCCUCCGUUUGGGAGAGUAGCCUCUCCAGUCGGGUCGGAAAGUCGGUGCCGGGUCUUGUCCUGGCGAUUUAAGCGACCCCGACGUAAUCUCUCUGAUCUAGUGCACCCGAUCCUAUUGUAAUAUACUACAGUAAAUAAAAUCGGGUGCUUACGUGGCUGGCCCUGGUUGCCUGUGAACUUAUGGUCUGAGAGUUUAAUUGAGAAGAGUUGAGUCAGAAGAGUCAGGGAAAUGUAGGUCCCAGUAGCGUUUGGCUUUGGUUUUCUUCCUUUCGUGACUUGUCGUUUUUACUUUGUUUCGUUUUGUCUUGGAGUGUGAACUUUCUUAUUUUAUUGUCGUGUUUUUAUAUAGUGUGUGCUGGUUUAGGGUGGAAACCAUGGGGGUGAUGAGUUCCUAUUGGUUGUUUCCCGAAGCUUCUGUAAUGUGUUGUUCUGCUUUUCUAAUAAACAUGCGUUUUCAUAA